AUGUUGACGUUUCAGUGGGAACACCUCCAUCUUCCGGAACGGUUUCCGUGGAUGUGGGAUGAUUACUGCAAAUGUACGCGGUACUGCGCCGCGGGUUUUCAACAGCUCAUCUUAAGUGUAUGCGCAUUGCUUUCCUAUUCGGCUCGGAUGCAACGGUUGUGCGGAAUGGAUGGGAGAUGA